GGUCCACCUCCAGCUGGCCGCUCCCUUUUCAAUCAUCCAGCCAAAUCCACCUUAGCUUCGCUUCCUCUACUUCUUCUCUCAACCCAAAUCCAAAUCCCAAAUCCCAAAUCCCCAACCCGCCGGCGAUGGCUCGCGGCAGCCGCUCCGGGAGGAACGGCGGCGGCGGCGGCGGGUGCGCGCGCUGCUUCCUGGGAUUCCUGCUCAAGUUCCUCGCCUUCCUCCAGGCCUUCGCCGCCGUCUCCGCCGUGCUCUACGCCGCCUCCAUCCUCUCCCGCUGGGCGCGGCACCACGAGCUGCACUUCGACCACCUCCUCCCAGACCUCUGGUUCGCGUGCGUCGUCAUGGCCGCCGGCCUCCUCUACUGCGCCAUCCUCCUCGCGGGGUACGUCGCCGCUGAGGUCAACAGCGGGUGCUGCCUCUGCUUCUAUACCAUCUUGGCCAUGGCGAUGAUGCUGCUGGAAGCUGCCGUGGCCGGCCACCUCCUCCUCAACGAGCACUGGAUGCAGGAUCUGCCGUAUGACCGCACCAGAGAGCUUGAGAACCUCGUCUCCUUUGUCAACAACAACCUCGACCUCUGCAAAUGGGCUGCUCUGGCUACCGUCGCCACGCAGGUGUUCUCGCUUUUCUUGGCAAUUACUCUACGAGCCAUGGUUUCGCCCACCAAUGAGGACUGUGACAGCGACGAAGAUUUUGUUGUCAUAAGGAGGCCGCUGCUUCUUGCCCAAGGUGCUCCAGCCUAUCUCCCUACCACGGCCGAUCCUAGAGGUGCCCACCCUGGCCUAUGGAGCUCAUCGAUGAGGCAAAAGUAUGGAUUGAACUCCACAAGCGACUACACCUACAACACACUGGAUCAAAAUGCAGUACCGCCACAGUGAGAAUCUGCGUGACUGAUGACGAAGCACAUACCGUAUAUGCAGUACAUAAGUCAUAUGUUGCAAUAUGCCAUGGUGUAAUGGGCACUGUAUACAUUUGUACGCCCAGUUAUUCUGUGAAUCUCGGUUGUACAUAGUUCCAUCAUUACUACUCCCUCCGUCCCAAAAUAUAAGAACGUGUCACUAUAGUAGUAAAGAACAUAUGUGUGAAUGGCUGCCCUGGUUGGCUGGCUGCUAUUUCUUCGAGACCCGCUUACUAGUGCUGAAUCUGGAGCAAAUCCGCAACUCAGUCAUUGGGACAGCCAGGAGAUGGCCGUAUGUAAAUAAAUAGUCUAUCUUGUUGGAUGUCUUGGGUUGGCUGGUUUCUUCAAUGUAGCCAAAGAGAUGGAUGAGCAAGAAUGGCAGUAUUUGCAUUGGAUGUGUAUCAAGUUAGAUAUAGCAGUUAGUAAAAAAAUGUAAGGUAAUGUUAGUUCAAUUUUCAUGUGGAUGAUGACAUCAUUAAAAUAUUUUCUUGGGCCAAA